GGUUCACGGAUGGAGGGCCUCAUCCCGCUCCUCUACAAGGCCAUCAAGGACCGGCGGAGCAGCAACCGGGCCGCCUACCCCGGCCGCGACGACCCCGCCGUGGACCUCGAGGACCCGGAGCAGAGGCGGCGGUGGCUGGAGCAGGAGGUGCGCUCACCGCUCCGCGCCGCCGCGCCGUCCUCGUCGAGCCAGGGCCAGGGGCACGGGCGGAACCUGUCCCUGGAGGAGCUGGCGGGCCAGGUGGGGCUCUCGCCGGACCGGCGGCUGCGGGUGGCGCUGCCCAAGGCCAGGAGCGUCCGCGUCUUCUCCUGCAUCGGCGCCGGCGCCGCGUGACGUGCGUGUAGGCGUACCCAUAUACCGUACGUUAGUUUCUGUGUAAGUGCUGCGUCUUCGUGUUAAGCUGUAUAUACGAGUGAUUCAGUACAUGCUUGUUGGAGUUGUCCGCGAGAUUUAAUUGUAAGACGAACAUAUUCUUCUCCUUUCAAUUUUUCCAUCAUACAACAGAUAUAGCUUCUUUUCUUGUAAAACUCCUAGAGCUAGCUUGUUACGUACGAUUGAGAAGGUUUCUCUUUCGCUUCAGUUUAAAUUUUCAAGCAUAUGGAUUGGCUGGUUUGUACUGCAA